CUACGUGAUCUAGACAUAUUCAUGCUUCUUGACAGCUGACAUAUGAAAAGGCAGGUAAUAAGCAAUUAUUACAAAAACUGCUCUACUUUAUGUACAAGAAAUAGCAAAAUAUCGUAAAAUUGGAGAUAUUAAAUGAAAUAGCACAAUACAAAUAUAUUUUGGAUAUAAGAAUGUUUAAAAAAAUAAUAUUGUACUAAAUAUUCGUAGAUGGCACCCAAAUCACUGCAAACAACUUCAAAAUUUAGCGCUAUAAGCAUUAACCAUGUGAUUCAUACUUCGUAAAUUUCAAAAGUGUGUAGGACAUACAAAUCAUAUCUAUGUACAUAUACGGACAGAAGAUAAGAUACAAAAAUGUGAUGAUCCCAUUUGAUCUCAUUGAUAUAUAUUACUUUUUUAAAAACAAUACAAUAGAACAAUGAUUAUAACUGCUUGAUACUAAACAUUGAAAAUGCCUAUGAAAUACACCACGGCAGGUGUAGAUCCUCCUGAAAUAACAACACGAAAAAGGCAUAAUUACAAAAAAUGGAUAAAAAUUAUAGUAAUAGUAUUAGUUGUUAUAAUAUUAUUAUCAUUAAUAAUAUUAUUUGUUGGUGUACCUUUGGUGUUUAUGUGGUCCUUUGCAGUACAAGAGGCAUUAAUGUUUACUAGAUUUGGUUUACCAACCAAUCCUAGUGAUUUCCACAUAAAUCUUCCUGGGGCAACAAAUUUUUAUGUAACCGUACAAGACAAAGAAACCAAUAAAUUGUUAAGUUUAGGAGUAUGGCACCUGCUUCCAUGGUCUGUAGUAAACGCAACAAUUGAAAAAAAAGAUAACAGAACUAACCAUUUAGAAAUGUUGGAAAACACUAUUUAUCCAAUUGUUAUACAUUUUCAUGGAACAGGAGAAACGCGAUUAGAUUCUUGGAAAAUGGGAAAACUUUUACGUUAUUUUUUUCAUGUGUUUUUAUUUGAUUACAGAGGAUAUGGUGAUUCAACUCCUGGUAUAAUGAGAGAAGAAGCUGUUGUAGAAGAUUGUGUACAAUUUUAUAAGUGGGUUAUGACGAAAACAAACUCAAAAAUAUACAUUUGGGGUCAUUCUUUAGGAGCCAGUUUAGCAUUGCACACUGCAAAAAUUUUAGGGAAACAAGGAGUGAAUAUUGAAGGAAUUAUUUUAGAGGCUGCUUUUACAUCAAUGUUUGAAGAAAUACCGUAUCAUCCAUAUGGAAAAAUUUUCGCUUGGCUUCCAUAUUUUAAUGCAACAAUACGGAAACCUUUAUUAAAAAAUGGAUUUCAUUUUGAUAAUGUACAAUAUGUGCAAGAAAUAACUGCACCAAUUCUUCAAUUUCAUGCAGAAGAUGAUAGUAUAAUACCAUUAGCUUUAGGAAGAAAGUUAUAUGAUGCAUCAGUUUCACCAAAUAGAACAGUGACUUUUGUUCAAGUACCUAGAUCUUAUGGAUGUGAUCAUUUUUUUCUUUACAUUUAUCCAGAUUUACCAAUUUAUAUACAACAAUUCCUAUACGGAAAUACAAAACACUGGGUACGACAUUUCAUUGAAGCUAAAAGACAAAAUUCACGAAAAAAGAUUGACAAAAAAUCUGGGACAAAGUAGCAUUUAAUUGGAAAUAGGAUCUUGAAAAAUGUUUUGUUUUAAUUGACAUUUUAUAAUCUAUGUAUAU